AUGAACACGCGCAAGCUGCAGCUGCCUUCGGAUGGGGACAUGACAGCCUGGGGCAGUUUUUGGAACCAGUCGGACUUGGUCACGGAUUUGCCCUCCAACUACUCCCUGGGCUCUCUGCAGGAGGAGAGGGACGCCAGGAUGGUGGUCAUCCAGUUCAUUUACGCCAUCGUGUGCCUGAUCGGGCUGGUCGGCAACUCCAUGGUCAUCUUCGUCAUCCUCCGCUACGGCAAGAUGAAAACAGCCACCAACAUCUACAUCCUCAACCUGGCGAUAGCGGACGAGCUCUUCAUGCUGAGCGUCCCCUUCCUAUCGGCUUCGGCCGCUCUCCAGCGGUGGCCCUUCGGUUCGCUCAUGUGCCGGACGGUGCUGAGCGUGGAUGGCAUCAACCAAUUCACCAGUGUCUUCUGCCUCACCGUGCUGAGUGUGGACAGGUACGUGGCCGUGGUCCACCCCAUCAAGGCGGCCAGGUACAGGAGACCCACCGUGGCCAAGAUCAUCAACCUCUGCGUCUGGGUCCUCUCCCUCAUUGUCAUCCUGCCCAUCAUCAUCUUCGCUGGCAUCGCUCCCACCGAGGACGGCGGCGUCGUCUGCAACUUCCUCUGGCCCCAGCCCUCCUGGUCGGUGGCUUUUGUUAUCUACACCUUCCUCCUGGGCUUCCUCAUCCCCGUCUUCGCCAUCUGCCUCUGCUACGUCCUCAUCAUCCUCAAGAUGAGGGUGGUGGCCCUCAAGGCCGGUUGGCAGCAGCGCCGGCGCUCCGAGAAGAAGAUCACCCGCAUGGUCCUCAUGGUGGUGACCGUCUUUGUCAUUUGCUGGAUGCCCUUCUACGUGGUGCAGCUGGCCAAUGUCUUUCUGUCCCGGCUGGACACCACGGUCACCCACCUGUGCGUGAUCCUCAGCUAUGCCAACAGCUGUGCCAACCCCAUCCUCUACGGCUUCCUCUCAGACAAUUUCAAGAGGUCCUUCCAGAGGAUUUUGUGCUUUCGCUGGCUGGAGAACGGCACCGAGGAGCCGGUGGACUAUUACGCUACUGCCCUAAAGAGCAAGGCUUGCAAUCCGCUGGAUUUUCAGCCAGAACACAUUGCCUCUGACCCCGUUUACAGGAACGGUACUUGCACUUCAAGAACAACCAUGUUAUAA